AUGAUUUCGCCUAACAACAGCAGAGCAACAGUUAUCCGCCGUGGUCUUUUGGUGCUAUCGACUUGUGAAGCUCUUCCACUUGCCUUUUCACAUGAAAUAAAUGCCACUGAAAGACUGAAACUACACGCUGACUUGAGAGUGAAGAGGUGGCUGGUAGUCGAGUCGGUAAAGGGACUGCAGGAUUCUGGUACUUGUGCUUCCUACCACACGACGACCCAGGUCCUUCCUGGAAGAAUACCUCCGGGGUUAACAGAGCCUGGCAUGUUGAACAAGCUGAGCUAUCCUCCUGUUGCUCCGCUCGGUCUGCAGGUCACUCGUCGCGUUGCUGCUCAUCUUGUAGCAACUCCACAAAACAAGCAUUAA